ACGGUCGAUGUUGAGGCACUGCUUCAUAAAUGUAUUGUUCAUUAUUAUAAAUUAUGACUGGAAGAAUUUUUUUCUGUGCAGUUCUUGGAAUUCUGUCGCAAGAAGUUCAUGUAUCUGAAGCACAACAAAAUAAUGCUAAUGCGAAACAUGUUACGCAAACAAAACUUUUUGGCGAUGACAUUAAAUCAUGGCUUACUCCUGAUGAUGGAGUUUUAGCAACGGAAAAUACUCCUGUUUAUGGUGUAGUAGAAAAGCCAAAAAUUUCUGAGAAAGAUACUGGAUAUGAAAUAACUGAGUAUAAAGACGCCAUGAAAGAUGCUCUUGCAUACUUGCGUGAAAACAAAUCUUAUGCAAUUAUUACGCCGAGUAAUAUACCUCCCAAUGCUAGCCAAGCAAAGAACACUGUAGUUGAAAAUCAAAAUCCUGUCCGACUCAAAACUAUGAACGACAAAAACAGGAAAUCAACUUCGAUAUUUCCAAGGAACCAGAUGACAUCAUACUCUUCUCUACCAUAUCCCACUAUAGUAUAUCCUGAGAUUCUUGUAAUUGUUGACAAUGCGCUAUUCAAAAAAUUGGGCAGUAAUGUACGUGAUGUUGUAAUACAUAUUUUAGCGUUUUGGAAUGGCGUAGACUUAUUGUUUCGAAAUCUAGAGAGUCCAAAAUUUAGGUUCAAUAUUGAAGCGAUUAUUAUAGUUGAGGCCCCAUUAGGUUUUACAAAUUUGAAAUUCGCACCUGAUAAAAUCGAUGCUACUCAACUAUUGCGGUCAGUUGGCAGGUGGUUGUACAGUUACCAAUGGGCAUUUCCAAUCGAUAGUUACGAUAUUGCUGUUUUAAUGACAUCCAAUAAUCUGCUCGGAGAAAGUGGGUAUUCAAUUGGAGGUAAAACAUACCCAGCAAAGGCAUGUAAAACUUUACACAAAUCAAAACGCGUAGUCAAGACAGCAUGUGUUCGUGAAGUCGGUGAUUUUUUGGGUAUUCGUGUUACGGCUCAUGAACUAGGACAUUUGCUUGGUAUUUCUGGUCAUGAUGGCAAAGAUUUCAACAAAUGCCCAAUAAAAGAUGGUACUAUUAUGACGUCUAACACCUUCGAUUUAGGACCUAAAUACUUGGAAUGGUCACAGUGCAGUUUAGAUAAAUUAACUCAAUCAUUUGUUAAGAAUAAUCUUAGCUGUUUAUAUAACAAAAUUUAUGAGCAAGGUGCCGCAGUUCCGAGAAUAUUACCUGGAAAACUGAUCGAUUUAGAUAAACAGUGUCAUUUCAGAACAGCAAACACAACUUCUGUCAUUAAAGAUGAUAAUUGCAAAGAAUACAGUUGUCGGACAGAGCUAAACAGUGAUGGCUUUCGUCUGAUACAUACGUGGCCAAUAGGGCCUCUUGAUGGAUCUUACUGUGGCCAAGGUAAAAUGUGUCUCCUUGGAAAUUGUGUGCAAGAAAAUUUUAUAAAUGACUCCAGUACACGGAGAAAAGAGCAUAGGAAACUUUACUCAAAAACAUUAGUUAAGAUUUUUGAAUUUAUAUUUUCAUCAUAAACGAUAUACCCUGGCAGAUCCGAACUACGGUACAAUACGGUAAUUACCGUAAUUUACCGCAAAAUACUGUAAUUUACAGUAUUCCGAAGACUUAUCAUAAAACACGGUAAUUUACGGUAAAAUACCGUGAAUUUGCGGCAAUCCUGCGGUAUUCUACUGUUAACGUGCGGAAUUACUGCAAAAUUACAUUUUACCGUAACAGGAAGUAUUUAAUUGUGUUACGGUAAAAAUGCCACGAAUUACAGUGAAUUUCCGUAAUUUGCCGUAGAUUGCAGCAAAUUUGCAGUAAAAUACGGUAUUUUGCGGUAAAAUGCGGUAAUUUGCAGUAAUUCGGAUCCACUAUGGUAUAGAAACUGUGUAAUUUCUACUAUCUUGGGACUUUAAUUGUUAUUUAAAUUUAUAAAAUUUUAUAAUUUGAAUAUAGAAAUAAAUAUAGACUGAAUUACCCGUGUAAAAAAAAUUGUUAAAAAAAGGUUAAAAAAGUGUUUACUAGUCUAAACUUCAAACCGUGACACAACGACGAACUUUUUUUGAACGUUUUUUAAACUUUUGAAAAUUCCGGGGAAAAAUCAUAAAUGUCCUAAUAUUAUUAAGAUAAGAUAAAACGAAAAAUGGUCAAAAAUAGUUCGAAAUCCGUUUUUUCUGAACGAAUUGUGUACUGAAAAAUGUUAAUUUGUAGUAUUAAGUCAAUUGUUUGUUUCUGUGCAUUUUUAGAAGUUUGAAAAUCGUUUGAAAAAAGGUCGUCAUUGUGUCAAGUUUUGAAGUUUAGAAUAGUCAACACUUUUUUAACCUUUUUUCAACAAUUUUUUUUACACGGGUAGUAAACUUGACUAUAUAUUUAGUAAAUGUUACUAUCCCGUUAACGAUCACACCCUGAUUAAACAAAACGAUUUACUCAAUGAUUAAUGUAUCUAUUAUUAUAAUCUAUAUUGUAGUAAAAUUGAAUCGUUUCUAAUCAUUUUGAAUCGUUUCUUUUAAUCAAGGCAAUCACUAGUUUGUACCAAAUUUAUCUCGACUCCAAUAGCUUAGUCUCCUAUAUUUAUGUACGUAAUUAAAAAUAAAACAAAAUUUCAUCUUAUUAAUUUUUAUUUUCCAGCUUUAUAAUUAACAUCAAUAAAUUAUUUAAUACGUAGGCCUAAAAAUUACUUUUAUCCGGAUGAAUGUAUUUUUUUUUUAAUAAAUUUAAAUUAAUCAUUAAUAAUAAUUGAUUAUCAACAAACUAUAUUAUAUAUUAUUAUAAUACAUGUGUAGCAAUGAA